UUUUAAUCCCCCGUCCCUUCCUCCCUCCGCCUUUUCCACCCCAAUCCAGCCUCUACCUGCCCUGCCCCGCUGUCCACGCGCUCCUUGGUUCGGCCAUGGCGGAGGAGCAGAGGUGGCAGGAGGGCCACCGGCUGUGCGCCAACAACUGCGGCUUCUUCGGCAGCCCGGCCACGCUGGACCUCUGCUCCAAGUGCUACCGCGACAGCCAGCAGCACCAGCACCCAACCGCCAUCGCCGCUGCGCCGGCGCCCCCUGCUUCAGCCUCGUCUGCCUCCCCGCCCUCCUCCUCCACGGCCGCCACAGAGGCGGGCAUCUGUGGGAUCGCAGCCUCGGCCUCUUCUGAGCCCUCGCCGUCGGCGGCCGCUGCCAAGGCGAGCGGCAGGUGCGCGAGGUGCCGGAAGCGCGUGGGGCUGACGGGGUUUGCGUGCCGGUGCGGGGCCACGUUCUGCGGGGUGCACCGGUACCCGGAGCUGCACGCGUGCGUGUUCGACUUCAGGGCCGCCGGCCGCGACGCCAUCGCGCGCGCCAACCCCGUCGUGAAGGGCGACAAGCUCAAGGACAAGAUCUGAGGAGCUUCUCCCGCGGCCGGCUCCCCCGAGAAUCCCAAUGUUGUGUCACUACUAUUGCCUAUAUACUCCGUAAUUGUGUAAGCUAGCUGACGGUGAAAUCACCAGCCAUUGAAAUGGGAAAACUUGGCUUCGAAUAAAUAAACUCAAAGGGUCAUGGAUCCAACGCCUCAUUUUGAUC